GCCCUUAAACCUCUCUCUUACCCCCUUAGCCACAAUCUACGCCUCUUGGUCGCCACAUCGCUUACAGAACUGAACCCCGUUCUCGAUCUGGUGGUACUGUUGAGUUUCCACGAACCCUAUGGCGGAGGAAGAGGUUGUAGUGGCAGACGUGAGCAUGGGUGCGCCUUCGGAUCACAAGCGGAAGCUCGAGGACUUGGAACCCGAAGCCCCUGAACCCAACAAGCCAAGCACCGAGCACCUGGCCGAUUUGAAUGAAGACCCCGUUGAUGAUGCACCAGACGAGGAAGCUGAUUUAUCUGGCCCCUCCGACGGGCCCGAGGUGAAGCGGGCCCGCCUCAAUGAAGAACCCGACGGCUCAGCUAUUGAGAAUGGGUACCAAUGUAAGGAAGAUAACAACGAUGGACCUAUCAGAGAGAACAAUGAACAGCCUACGGUGGAGAGUUUGCAGUUGGGGGAUGCUCAACCUCCCACUGAAGAAAUUCCACAAACAGUGGUUGAUGGCAAUGAAGGACCCUCGGUGGAAAAUCCUGAGACAGGUGACUUUGAACAACCAUCGGUCGAGGAUUCUUUGACAGAAACUGCUCAGGAGCCAUCUAAAGAGGAAGGUCAUCAACCUGAAAGUCAGCAACCGUCUUCAGAGGUUUCUCAGCAAGAAGAUGCUUCUCAAACCAUGACACGCAAAAUGGAGGUGCCUAACAACAAGGUUGGAGUUCUUAUUGGCAAGGCUGGGGAUACUAUACGUUACUUGCAGUACAAUUCAGGAGCGAAAAUCCAGAUCACUAGGGAUUCGGAUGCUGAUCCUUAUUGCGCAACAAGGCCUGUGGAAAUUAUAGGAAGUUUAGAUAAUAUAACCAAGGCUGAGAAGCUUAUAAAUGCUGUCAUUGCAGAGGCUGAUGCAGGGGGUUCUCCUUCCCUUAUAGCCAGGGGUCUCACAACAGCACAGGCUGCUGUAGCCUCUGAACAAAUCGAGAUACAAGUUCCAAAUGAGAAGGUUGGUAUAAUAAUAGGCAAAGGUGGAGAAACCAUUAAAGGCCUGCAGACUAGAACUGGAGCACGCAUCCAGUUGAUACCUCAACACCUUCCAGAAGGAGAUGAAUCUAAAGAAAGGACUGUACGGGUGACUGGUGACAAGAAGCAAAUUGAAAUGGCUAGAGAGUUGAUAAAGGAAGUUAUGAAUCAGCCUGCGAGACCUUCAUAUGGUGGAUUUAACCAGCAGGCUUAUCGACCCCGUGGAUCUGCUGGUCUGCCUCAGUGGGGUCCUAGUGCUGCAGCAUAUGAUUACCAGCAUCGAGGAUCAUAUCCAUCUCAUAAUUCACAGUAUCCACCUCCGGCAUACGGGAAUUAUCCUCAACAAAUGAUACCAAGAGGUGGCUAUGGUGCUGGUUGGGAACAACGGCCUCCUAGUAUGCAUGGUCCACCUUCACAUACCGGUGGUUAUGAUUACUAUGGCGGACAAGGAGGUCAUUUCUCUGAUGCUCCGGUAUCUGCCCAACUUUCUACCCCCGUUCCUUCACAUGCCUCUGGCCCUUCCCCUGCAGCUGCAAUGGGUCCAAUCCCAUCCCAUGCAAACUACAAUUAUGGACAUCCACAGGGUCCCGAUUAUGGCAAUUCAGCUCCUUUUUCUCAGGCAGCACCUCACCAGCAUAGCUAUGGGCAUGGAUACGAUGAUCCCAAAUAUGAAAAUCAUGCUCCGCAGCAUCCUUACGGUGGACAUGGAAGUUCUCAGCCAGUUUACCCACAGGCAGGCACUCAACCAGGUUAUGCUGCACAACAGUAUGGGAAACCACAAUCAUAUGGCAUGCCAUCACAGGGUCCUCCACAAUCUUAUGGCCCACCCAGGGCUACACAACCUGGGGACAUGCCUUAUCAAGGUUCUGUUCCUGCCCAAUCAUAUGGCUCAAAUGCACUGCCUCAACAGCCCUAUCCAUAUGGAUCUGGUGCCCAGGUGCAGCAAACAUAUCCUCCGUAUGGUUCUGCACCGGCUGCUGAUGGGUAUAGUCAACCACCAGCUGCAUCUGGCCACAUUUAUCCACAGCAAGGAGUGCAGCCAGGUUAUGGUCAAUCUGGUUCACAGCAGGUACCUGGCUAUGCACAAGUUGGUGCUGCUGGGGGUUAUGGACCAUAUGCACCUUCUCAGCAAGGUUAUCCUGAGCAGGCAGCUGCUAACAAUGUAGGCUAUGGUUACCAAGGGCCUCAAGAUCAUGCUGCUUAUAGUGGUGGUCCUGCAGCAGCCUACAGUGCACCUCCGAGCGGGCAGCCGGGCUAUGCCCAACCGGCAUCAACUCAACCUAGUUAUGAUCAGUCUAUCCCACAAUCAGGCGGUUAUGGAGCUGUACCAGCAAGUGCUCCGGCUGCUUAUGGGAAAACAUUGUCGCCUCAGCCUGGUUAUGCUCAGUACGACUCGACCCAAGCGUAUAGUGCAUCUCGUUGAACAUCGACGUAGUGUGUCAUUGAGUUUGGAUGGCGAUCUAGUAUUAGCUUUUUAUCUAGGUCUCUGACUGUUGAUGGAAUUUCGGCCCCCUUUUUUUCAGAUGUAAUCAUAAUAUUUAUGUUUGAAAUAUGAACUAACAAAGAAUCUUUAGGAUGGAAUUAACGCAAUUGUUCCCAGAAUAGUAUUCUGUCAA